AUGAACGAAGAUGUUACUAAGGUCAGCCCUACGCUGGGCUUCAUUAUCAAGACCAUCGACUUUGAGGGAUACAAAUUGAAUAUUUGGGACGUGGGUGGGCAGAAAACUCUCCGUUCAUACUGGAAGAACUAUUUUGAGAAAACCGAUACCUUGGUGUGGGUGGUGGAUGCUACCGAUCGCCUUCGUGUCGACGAUUGUCGAGAGGAGCUGGCUGGGCUGUUGCUAGAAGAGCGUCUAAUGGGUGCCACCUUGCUGGUCUUCUUGAACAAAACCGACGUGGAACAUUGUAUGGGGGAAGAAGAGGUCCGCGAGCGUCUUGGUUUGGAUCUCAUCAAAACACACAAGUGGACAAUUCUUCCAUGCAGUGCGAUGACGGGCAAAAACUUGACAGAAGGGUUGGAGUGGGUGGUACAGGAUGCGAAAGACCGCCUCUUCUUGUAUUAG